CAGAGCGUACACACACUGUACGUUGGUGUACCGGAGCAGUGUCCGUCGCCCAUGGGCCACAAGCGAGCAGAGUGGUACAGUUUUGGUCUUCACUCUCGCUCGAUUGAUUCCAAGUCUCCAACUUUUCUCCGGUCUUCAGUCAACCCGAAGUCCCGAACCUCGCUUACAGAUCAAUGAUUCCCGGCCAUGAGCAGUGCUUAGUGCUUACUACCACUGAUCCGGCACUAUAAAAGAGCCCCGCCUCCCGUCGCUGCCAAGCUCAUCAUCACAUCUCGUGACACGCCUGCCGCCGAUCGGGUAGCUAAGUGUGUGCUGAAACUGGGCGGAGGGCCGGGCAUGGAGGACGCGACGGCGACGACGCUGGCGACGGAGCUCGACGGGCUGCUGGCCAUGGCGAGGGAGCUGGAGGCGCGGGUGGGCGCCGACCAGGGCGUGCCGGGUGCCGCGAGGGAGCUCUGCGCCGCGCUGGCCGCGUCCGUCGACCGGGCCGUGCGCCUCGCCGGCCGUAGCGGCAAUGCCGGCGGCAGGGCGAGCGUGAACGGCCAGCGCAGGAGCGGCAGGAAGGCGGCGGCGGCGAAGGUGCGGACGCAGGUGCGGGUGGCCUCGAUGCAGGACCUGGGUCCGCUCGACGACGGGCUCAGCUGGCGGAAGUACGGCCAGAAGGACAUCCUCGGCGCCACGUACCCCAGGUCCUACUUCCGGUGCACGCACCGGCACACGCAGGGCUGCGCCGCCACCAAGCAGGUGCAGCGGGCGACGGCCGACCCGCUGCUCUUCGACGUCGUGUACCACGGCGCGCACACCUGCGCCCAGACCGCCGUCCUGGCCGGCAUGGAGCAGCAGCAGCCGCCUGCUGCCUUCGGCCAGGAGCCGCAGAGCCCGCCGGAAGAGGUUCAGUGGCCGGCAGAGCCCGUGACUCCGUUUUCCUUCCCCUCCUGCUGCCACCUUACGGGGAGCUACGGCUACGCGGCGGCGGGCGGCGGCCUCGGAGUUGACAUGGAGCUUGAAGAUCAACUCGACGAGCUGUUCUUGGACGUGUCAGGGAUUUUCUAACCGGAUGUUCAGAACCUGUCAAGUCACGUAGUACAAGAAUGCGAACUCAGCUACUGUUUAUGGAACUUAAAACUCCAUUAUUACGAUGGUGGACCUGUAGAACUGUAGAAGCACUCGGCGCGAGCGCCAUUGCAUCAGCAGGUAAACACUGCUGCUCCUCCGACCAAAGCAGCCGUCGUGCCUGUCGCCUUAGAGCAUCAACAAACCGGUCUGGCCAAAUCUAGACCUCUGUACGUCCGCGAAAAAGUUCGUUCAUAACUG